CGGAGGGAGCGAUGGUGAAGGAAACCAUCCGCGUCUACGCGCGGGUGAAGCCCCUGGGCAGGCGGCAGCAGGCCGGGAUUUAUUCAGUUCAUGGUGAUGAGAAAUCUAUAUCGAGUCUGGAGAUUAUUGUGCCACGUGAUUUAGCUGAUGGGUUUGUCAAUAAUAAGCGAGAAAGCUACAAGUUCAAAUUUCAGAAAAUUUUUGAUCAAGAGGCUAAACAAGAUGUCGUUUUUGACAGCAUUGCCAAGCCAGUGGCAGAAUGUGCUUUGGCAGGAUAUAAUGGUACUAUCUUUGCAUAUGGUCAGACAGGCAGUGGCAAAACUUUUACCAUUACUGGAGGAGCAGAACGUUACAGUGAUCGAGGCAUUAUUCCCAGGACUCUGUCUUACAUUUUUCAUCAAUUGCAGAAGGAUAGCAGCAAAGUGUAUACCACUCAUGUUUCCUACUUAGAAAUCUACAAUGAAUGUGGUUAUGAUCUGCUGGACCCAAGACAUGAAGCCUCCAGAUUGGAAGAUUUGCCAAAAGUGAUGAUUAUGGAAGACCCUGAUCAGAACAUUCAUCUGAAGAACUUGUCUCUUCAACAAGCAACAAAUGAAGAAGAAGCCCUAAACCUGCUGUUCUUGGGAGACACCAAUAGAAUGAUUGCUGAGACACCAAUGAAUCAAGCCUCAACUCGAUCUCACUGCAUUUUCACUAUUCACAUCUCCAGCAAGGAACCUGGAUCUGCAACCAUCCGACACUCCAAGUUACACUUAGUAGAUCUUGCUGGAUCAGAACGUGUUGCAAAGACUGGAGUUGGAGGCCAUUUGUUGACAGAAGCCAAAUAUAUCAACCUGUCAUUGCAUUAUUUGGAACAGGUAAUAAUUGCCCUUGCAGAGAAAAAUCGGUCACACAUUCCCUACCGAAACUCUAUGAUGACCUCAGUGCUAAGAGACAGCCUGGGAGGAAACUGUAUGACUACCAUGAUAGCAACGCUCUCUUUAGACAAAAGAAACAUAGAUGAAUCUAUAUCAACCUGCAGAUUUGCACAGCGAGUUGCUCUUAUUAAGAAUGAAGCAGUUCUUAAUGAAGAGAUUGACCCCAGACUGAUGAUUGCUCAACUGAAGAAGGAGAUCCAGGAGUUGAAGGAUGAGCUGGCACUAGUGACUGGCAAGCAAAGAACAGCAGAGCUCUCACAAGAAGAGCUACUUCGGCUGGAUGAGCUAACUGAAAGAUUUCUGGAAGAUAAUGAUCCUGAAAGCAUUUUAGAUGUUGGUCCUGACAUGCGCAAGAUCAAGUAUUGCUUCAUUCAUGUGAAGCAACUGUUGAAUUCUUCAAAGAUUUCUGAAAAAAACCUGCUCUCACAACACAUUUCAGAAGAAAAAGAGACUAGCGUACAAGCAGGUAAAGAAGAGUUGAAGAAACUGAAAGAACUUUUGCAGCAAAGAGACAAUGAAAUCAAUAUUCUAGUAAAUAUGCUAAAAAAAGAAAAAAAGAAAGCGCAAGAUGCCCUUUUCCAGCUUAAAGCUGUCUCUGGUGGUUCUAAAGUCUUGGAGCAGUCUCUUUCUAUAAACUUGGAAGAAAGUUGGAGGCCAUCUAGCUGUGUUAAUCUGAAAGAGGCAAAGGAUUUCAGCUGCUCAGUUCGCCAACUGCCUUUUCUUUCCAGACAAACAGGAGGAGAGAUAUCGCUUGGAUGUCAAGAGGCUUUUGAAGUUUUUAAGAGGGACCAUGCUGACAUUAUAACCAUUGAGGACAACAAACAGCUUCUCAAACAGAGGUUUGCUGAAGCUAAAUCCCUUGGAGAAAAAGUAAAUGAAGUGAGAAAUAAAAUAAACCAUCUGAAAGGAGAGAUAACCCAGAGGCACAUUCAAAGGGCAGCUUUAGCUGUUGCCAGUCCCUCUGAUGAGCUAAAUAAGCUUGAUCCAGUAGAAGAGAAGCUUCGAGCACAAAUUGAAGAAGAGAAGAAAAGUUAUAAAACAAUGUUCAAUCGCUUGAAAGGGUUGAAGGUAGAGAUUGAGCACCUACAGCUUCUCAUGGAAAAAGCCAAGGUGAAACUGCAAAAGGACUUUCAAGUCUGGUGGUCUGAAGAGGUAACAAAACUACAGCAGGAAAAGCCAGAGCUGGUUAAUACAGCAAAUACGGCAGCAGCUUAUCCCCAGUUUAUCAAAUCCUCACAACAUCUAUCUACUAACAGUUCUUCAGAGAGCAGAAGAAUCAGCCCUAAUGAAGACUCAACUGGGAAUAAAAGUUCAAUUACUUUUAGUUACCCAACUUCAGAGUCAAGGACCCUACCAAGUUCUAGCUCAUCUGUUCCCCUGACUGGAGACAGCCAGAUUGAUGCUGACAUCCUCGCUUUCAUUAAAGCAAGAGAGAACAUCCUGCAAAAGAAAGGAUUGGGGAACAAGUGAAUUUCUCAUUGCAAUCUGCUAUUUACUUUUAGAAGUAGUUAAAGACUUCUUUACUUUCCUCUUCUGUUUAGAAACCAGGUAUAAAUAACUACUUCGGAUGUAUGACUUUAAUUGGUAAAGAUAAAGCAGUGACUUGUUUAUGACAGAAAAAUACAUUUCUCUAGGGAAUGAUAUUUGAAGUUUUGCACUCAGCAUGUUUAGCUUGCAUUAAGAUUUACCAAGACUAAAACAACUAAACAGAAACUUGCCAAGUGUGUUUGUUUACUGAGAAUUUGUUGAGUGUUUUCUAAAUGUCAAAAUUAUCUAAUGUUUUAAUGCUCUUCUACAUCUUCAGUCUGAGGAGAACUUACUGUUAUUGAUGUUAUUUUUUUUUCUUCUUUGGUAUUUCUGUACUGGAAGCUUGCAAACAAAUUCAGUUCAGCAGUUUUAUUUGCAAGGAGAGCUGUUGCUGAUGACAAUGAAUGAGUUCUACUUUUUUCCCUUCCCCCCAAAGUACGUGUCUUACAAGAUGAUUGGUACUGAGAUUGUGUUGUAAUACAAAAAUUAAUUUUCAUUGAAAAGAUAUUCUACAAUUCAAAAUUGGAACGUUUUCUCAUUUGAAUAUUAAGUGGUAUGCAAAAUAUAUACUCUCCCAGAAUAUCUAGAUUUCAGAAUAAACAAUGACAUUUAAUAGGUUAAAGCAAUGCGGGACUAUUUGUUGUAAAACACAAAUGGAAUGUGAAAACUUAAGUGCAGUUAUAUGUUACACGCAGCUAACUUCAUUCUUGACACAGUGCUACUUUAUUACGUAACAUGCAGCCUUACUUUACACUUCAGAUUUAAACAUAUCUAAAAACUCAAUGCAAAAAGUCUGUUUCUGAGAAAAGCAUAUUUUCAGAUUGAAACCACCAUUUAUCAUGCUAUUGCUAAGCUUACAGUCGUAUAAUUGGAAGGGUUUUGGUUGUUCACAUAAAAAUUCAGCAGUAUAUUGGCAGGAGUCACACAUCUUUCUCAAGGAUGUAUAUUUCCUCAAGUUGCUGUUACUGAAUUCUGUGGCAAAUUCAGAAUUAUUUGGAAGCACAUGAUUAACUGAUACAUGUUCAAACCUAUAGAAGACAUAUGUUGAUCAAACUAACAGCUAAGAUGCAGACAAUAAAGAAAUAUUUAAAGCUAUUUCUU